AAACCUCAACUAGCAUACAUUGGAUCGACCGUGUACAGCAAGAAAAUGCUAGCGAAAUGUAUCGCACGACGGGUGAUCCGCGUGAGGAGCGAGAGGCUGCUCCAUCGAAGCUAUUACCAGCGACCGCCAUCCUUCGUCCCUGGCUUCGUUCAGGACUUCGAGCAGUCCGGUCUGGCACCACUCUAUGAACCACAAUUGACAGAAGAACAACAAGAUGCUCAGUCUUUGGAUCUUAAGAGUCGUCUGUCGGCAGAAGCGGACUACAAUGAACCUGAGAUGGAUGAAGAUGGUCUCCUACAAUUUUAUCGGGAGAUGGUUUUCUCAGGUGCCGAGGGAUUAAUAGAAAGCGAGUCUGAGGUUCUUGGUCCCGCUUGGAGGAUAGAAUCGGGGAAGAGACGGAAGAUCAUUGCGUCGAUGGCGACUAGGUUGGGCCGCUCGAACGGUUCAUUCACGCUGGCCUCACCUGACACUUCAUCAAUGAGCGACGAGCUCAAAAGAAUUGACUCAUCUUCGUACGCGGGACAGGACCAGCGCAUUGGACAUGCCGAGGCGUCUGAAGCAGCGAGAACUGCCUCAGGAUAUGGGUCCAAGCGAUUGGGUCAACAUGUCCUCGAUACCUUGUCUCGCAUACCUGUGCCCAAAGGAUUCGACAUGACGGAGACCAGUCUCAAGGGGAAAGAAAAGCAAACGGAUGGCCCAAUAAUCCCGCUGGGCCUCGUGACAGUCAAGGAAUGGCAAGCUCUUUUCGAAGAGUUUAUUGCGGCUCGUGAUUACAGCUCUGCCGAGAAGACUCUGCUUAUGAUGACGCAACACGGAUUUUCCCCAGUUAAGGCAUGGAUGGACCGCCUCGUCCUCGCUUAUGCCAGGACCGGUCAAACUGCCGAGGUCGACAGGUUGAAUGCUCAGCUGCCUAGGGUGUUCUCGGAUGUGGAGGAGAAUCAAGCCAACGCUCUCAACGCAAUUCUUCAUCGAUCUGGGCAUCACAAGGCCAUUGCUGUGCUCCAGGAGCAUGAACAAGCUGGUCGACCGCUAUCUCAGAAAGCAUACCAGGUUGUUCUCCAACGACUGAGCAUUCCCUCCCGUGUCUAUCGACCGGACUCCCACACCAGAGCACUGGCCAGAGACCUCUUUGCCCAUAUGCGACUCGUUGCGCAUCCCUAUCCGGAUCGAACACUUUACCAAACAAUGAUUCUUGCCUGUGCUUCGCCACUGGAUCCUCAGCCCGAACGAGCGCGAGACUUGUGGAUCGAAAUGACCACCGAUGGUGAUUUUCCAGCAGUUCAACCGGACAAGGAUGAUUACAACGCUAUCAUCCGGGCAUUAUGUACCUCCAAAAACGAUUACCUUGAAGGCUUUGACAUCUUCCGACAAAUGUUGGGCAAGCAUCAAGACGCCGUCCGGAUCCCCUUUGACGAUACACCUCGCGCAGUGAAGAGCAAAUACAUCCCAACUUUGCGGACAUUUUCGGCCCUGUUUCAAGGCACAAAGCGCGCGGGCGACCUUGAGCGUACCAGAUGGCUGCUGGUGGAGAUGAUCAAGCUUGUCCAGGCUUCCUGCCUCCAGCAAGAUGUCAACGUCACCGGUCCAGACGCUGGGAUCGUUGCAGACGUCUUUCACACGUACGCGACUUGGAUGCCUCCGCCUCCUAAACGAGCUCAGCUGGCUCGGGUGCGUGACUCGCCGCCCGACAACGCCGUGGGACAUUCCGCGGGAAAGCCGGGGGAGAUGCCUGAAUAUUACGACCAAGUUGAUAUGGCGUCGUUACAGGCUUCCAAGCAGGAAGAUGUGCAAUCACAAGCUUUAGAGGACCACCCGGGUCCAUCAGAACCUUCACCUUUUCCCCAGACUCACACUGAGGCCUUGCGAGAAGCUUCAGCAAUUUGGGAACGAGUGCUAUUCGAUGUCAAUGCGGCUCGCUCAGGCCAAGCAAGCCUGCUGGAAUUUCCAUUUUCCCAGGUACGAAUCGAUCAGAGGGUAAUCGUGGGAUAUCUAUCCGUCAUCUUUCAGCAUGUUUGGGAUGUCAACGAGGCAAAAGCCUUGUGGACCGACGUCUUUGAGAAAGCGUCUCAAGCUGUGAGAGUACCUAAGCCCCACACGGCUUCCUCAUCGACCUCCACCGAAUUGGCGAAGAGUCUCUCGGAGGAGACUUCCAAAGGUCUCGGUCCUAAUGGCUGGAGCUACCUCAAAGCGCUCGAGUACUGUGCGCAUCCACCCAGGAUGCAUUCUCAAGCGUCGGAGAGGAAACAAGCUGGCAAGUGGGAUAGACGAGUAGCCUUGGCAUGGGCAAAGCAAUUGUGGAAGGAAUACGCCGCCCUUUGCGAUCAAAUCCAACCGUUGCGGAGGUGGGCCAUUCAGCCAACGGAUGGGUCCAAAUCCGACGGCACCUCGCCGAUGCUUUCUACUGCCGAAGCUCGCGCGAGAGUGUACUCGUUCGGUUUUGGAGAGCGUGAGAUUGAGCAAGCUUGGAAGGCUGUCAUCCGUGUCCAUGCCUUGGCCGGCGAGCCCCUGACAGCUCUGGAUAUCUAUCACGACUUUUGCGCCCGAUUCCCGCCUUCUGACAUUCUCGACCUCUUCCGGCCCAUCUCCUCCAAUGGACUCGCCAUCCGCGUUGAAGAUCCUACGGCUGUGGCCGAGCCCAAUGUACCCCCCAAUAUGACAUUCGAGGACGUUUCCGACUUGCACCACGAACUCGUCAAGGCAAUGCGUGCUACAGACCAACCCGACGAGGUGGAAAAAUACAGCAAGGCCAUAGCGAGCAUAAAAUGGACCAGUCUACAGUACAUCAAAGCUCUGUUCAAGCGUCGAGAUCUGAGAAUGAGCGAGAUUGCUGGGCCUCAGAAUCUCGAACAUCCGCUGGAUGCUGUCCCUCGCCUUGGUGCCUCGCCAAAGGAGAGAGCGCUUCGUCGACGAGACGCAUCGAUAGGUGUCAUUGAUCACCUCCAACGACCUCGAUUGAUGCCUGCUCGUCUUCCUCCGCAAGCAUCUCGAAAGGAGACGAUGCCUGCUCUUGGUACAUCAGGGACGGCUGCCAUCACAAAGCAGGAGAACGAAGAGUUUCUCAGGAUGGUUUCUCAGCGUACCCCGCAAGCCAUUGGAAAACUGGGCACGGCCAAAGCAAGAGGUGCGAGAACUGCAAGGGGUAAUUUCUUCAAGGAGCGAUCAAAGCAGUUCUCUCCGGCGACAGCGAGAAUGCGUCGCAACGCGAGGCAAUGAUUGUAUCCAGCCAGAUCGACCACUCUUAUGCUUAUUGUAUGCUUUUGCACAGCAUUA